UCCGUAGUACUAAUAUUUUGAAUUGCACGUACAGUUCUUCUUGCCUCAGACUUUACCGACCCAUCCUUUUCUCGAUAACUAAAAUCUCGCAAGCGGGGAACGUUACAAUCAACCGUAUAUAUACAUCAUCGCCAUAAUUGGCUGAAAGCCGUGGCUUUUGUUCCAGAAUACUACCUCGUGCAUCGUUAAAAGGCCUAUACCCACAUCGGUACGUGUCGCAAUGAAGACCAAUAAAAAGCCAUGCUGCAGAACCACAUUCGCACAACAAAGUCUUCAUCUCCAAGCUUCGACUCGGGACACUCCAACAAUCAAGUACAACGUACUAUAUUCAGACCAUGGAAACACAGCAAUAUCAAUAUCGCCCCCUUCAUGAGCAUGAUGCUAUUCGUAUCAUCAUCGUUCACCCCGAGGCACUCAUCAGCUCCCCAUUAUCGUGCAGCCUGAUUCAUUCCACUCUGUCACAUUAUCAUAAUUCUCUCAUAGAUCAAUAUACAGCACUUUCUUACGUCUGGGGAGAUGCAAAUAAUACGAGGACAAUCUUGGUCGAUGAGAAACCACUGUCUAUUACGGCGAGUCUCGAGACAGCCUUGCGUCAUAUGAGAGAUACACAGAAAGACAUGAUGAUAUGGGCGGAUGGAAUUUGUAUCAAUCAGUCUGAUACUGAAGAGAAAAGUAAGCAGGUUCGCCUGAUGGGCAAUAUUUACGAGGUUGCAACGCACACUAUCAUAUUUCUUGGAAAGACGACCUGGGAGUAUGAGGAAAUCUUCGAGCUUCUUGGGCCCUUUUUUCCUACUCAGCAUUUAUUAAAAAACAGUUCAACUACAGGCAAUCAAGAUAAAUUGUGUAAAGAUCUCAGUCGCCUCUUAUCAAAUAUGGAAUGGUUCAAAAGAGUAUGGGUUCUUCAAGAGCUAGUUUUGUCCCGCGACCCUUGGCUACAGGUUGGACGUCAACGGUUCAGAUGGGACGACUUUAUGCAUUUUAUUGACCGUGGGACUUCUCGGCAAGUUCUGGGGGACGACUUAAUGGAUUUUAUUGACCGUGGGACUUCUCGGCAAGUUCUGGAAGACGAGAAUUAUCCUAGCCAUAAUUAUGCGAUGGAAAUGCAGGAGAUACGCUUUAAAUUUAAAAAUACCUUAAAAUACGAGGGGGAAUGUCAUGAAGUGAACAAUCUGCUGCGAGUCUUACACUUGAGACGUGGCCAUGGUGUUCUAGAUCCCCGCGAUAUGAUAUACGGACAUUUGGCAUUAAAUAUGCCCCAAAGCAAUGACCCAGAAAUAGAAAGGCUCGUUGAAAUUGACUAUCACAAGCCACUAUCGGAGGUAUACUCAAAUUUGGCGUUAUACCUUUUAAAACGAGAAGGUAACUUUGGAUUUUUGUCGCAUGUAGAGGACGUGGAAUUAGCGGCCCGGCGGCUGUGCCUGCCUUCAUGGGUGCCUGAUUGGACCUCAUCGAAUAGCUCUCCUGAUGCUGAAUAUCACCUUGGCACGCACCGAUGCUUCGACUUUACGGUACCUGCACAUCUGGCUCUCCUUAAGUCCUCAGUCUUAGGAUGCACUGGAACUCGUGUCACCGUCAUCGAAAGUAUCAAAGAUAUCCCUCCUAUCAAUGAUGUUUUAGCGCUGUGCCAAGAAAUAAAAGACAUACACCCUGAAGAUAGCGAUAAUUCAGACAGCGGGCUCAACAUUUUAACUUUUGACAGACAUCACUGCAUUCGGGCAGUUAUAAUACUGUACAAAUACCUAUGUUCUUGGCUUGGUCUCUGUGAGCCACUUGACUUCGAGAAUGGUGACAUAAGUUUUGGACCCGAGUCCACUGUAUCUGACCUAUUGUAUGGGAGACUUGCAAUAUUCUAUGUGAGAAUUGUGGAGAUAUCCAAAGAGACUGACUUUCGAUGUUUACCUCCCCUAAAGCCAUAUACAUAUUGGCGGUGGGAAUAUGAUCACGGGAAACGUAUUAUUCAUGAUCCAAACCACGGCGUCCCGCGUCCUUUACUGGGGUUACUAAUGGCUUUGACUGAUUGCUCUGGGAAUUUUUUUGCUGGCAAAAGAAUCGCAGUUCUUCGGAAUAGAGAGCUAGCACUUGUCCCCACACAGGCUCGAGUGGGCGAUAUUAUUUGUGAUUUCAAGGACAGUUCCGCAUCUCUAUAUAUAUUACGUUUGCUUGAUAAGAGAACUUCUUCGCCCGAUCUCGACUUGAAGUUUAUUGACUUUUUCACAAAAGAGAAAGAGGCUGCCAGGAAACACUUCGUUGAGUACACGCACUAUGGGAGCCUCAUCUGGAGGGGAACAGGCACCCGUAAAUUAGCGAGAUAUUUUCGUGCUGUAUUCGACCGUCAUAUCAAUAAGAAGGCCAAACAGGCAGCGCGGAGACUGCCCAAGGUCUGUGAUGAUCAUGGAGACUACAUUAUCAAUCCAAUUUUGAAGGCAAAGUUGGAUCUCAUCACUAGCAACACGAUAACGGCGAAAGUGGACCAUUGUGUCUACAAAAGUCAAAAAACAUAUCAAGCGCAUAGGAAAAGAGAAACACUCGUACAAACAGACACCUCGAAAGUUGAGCAUUUCCAAUAUGUUGGGGAGUGCAUAAUGGAAAUGGAGCCUCUUCAAGCAAGUUCUUCAAGCACUGGGCCUGAUCAGGAAAGUGACUAUUCAUUCAGUGAAUGGUAUGAGAAAGACCUGCUAGCUGAGAUUUUGUCUGAGUUUGAUGAAAGUUCCAGUGAGGAAAGUUUUAGUGAAGAAAGUUUUAGUGAAUCUGACGAUCCAUACAUCAACAGCCCAACUCGAUCAGAUUUCACAACAUCCUCAAACGCCAGUGAAACCAGCACCGAACACGAAAUGGUAUUGAAAGCAGUGAUUCAACCGUUGCGGAAUAUAAUUAUAGCACUUCAUUGAAAAAUGAUUCGUAAGUACUUACUUUCUAACCAACCUCACUCGGAAUGUAUUUCCAAAUGACGGGAGAAUUCCCAAGCUUAUAUCUCUCUUUAGGGAAUACAAUGGUCGAACCUAGAUAACGAUGUGGGGGAUAUGGUAUUAUUAAAGUUACAUUUAAAGGGUCUGGGUGAUAUAUUCAAGAGUUAUAAGGACGAGGACCAGAGAUGAAUUAUAAUUAUGGUGAUUUCUAGGAGUUUGAUCCUGUGUGAGAACUGUUCUGAGGAAACUUCCCAUCUGAACUCUGUGUAUAUGCAUAUGUAUUGAGUAAUUUCAUCCCGUCUACUCGGUUGAUUUGAAACAUCCUCGAUGAUUUAUUUUCCACGUCUGUUUCUCUUCCAUACAUAGGGUUUCAGUUGAUCAGCUCGUCAACUCUCCGUUAUUUCAAUGCUUCCUCCCAUCCUAUUCUUCUUUCCAGAUAGAUCUCCAACUCACAGGCCCAUCAUUUUCUUUCCUCUCCUUUCUCCAACCAUUGAGUGCCCCACCCAGACUUCGCUUCAACGAACUUCCAUCUUUCGAACCAUCUCCACCUUGAUCUCUACCUCUACCUCCACCUCCACCUCCACCUUCCUCUUCCAACAACCACUUCUGCUUCCUAAUCUCCAACUUUCUUCAAAGAUAGGCCCCAAAGUCCUACAUUCCCCCACGUCUCCCCAUAACCCAACAAUACUC